CUCUGGAAGAGGGAGCGCGCGCGUGCCUCCGGCAGUCGGGGGACCUAAGAGAAAUUAUGGAAAAAGGGGUCAGCGAGGUUGAUAUAUGAUGAGCAUAACUCACCGGCGCGCCGCAAUGCCCCCUCUCCUCCAGUUCUCAAGGAGAUAUACCCCUCCCUCUUCACCUGGAUCGGCAAAGGGGGCUGGCGUGUGCGUCUCAUGGCGCGAGACAUGUCGAUAAUUCACAGGACCGAUGGCGGACCACCCUCAUCGCCUCCUUCGCCCGAGAGCGCGCGUGUAUGUCUCCGGCGGCCCGGGUGUCCACGCAAAGGCAUCAGUCCCCCUUCACCCCCAGCUCGCUAUUACGGCUGACUUGGGUACCCCCGCCACCGAGUUUCGAGAAAAGGCCCCCUGCAUCAUCGCGUGCUGUCGGAAUGACCCGGGCAAAGGGCCUAGAAGGAGGAGGGAGGUGUCCUGAAUCGCUGCGCGUGGCGACGACGACAGUCGGGGAUAGCCCAGACGCCGACGUAGAGGAAGGAAGGGGGCGGGCAACAGCGUGCCGAAAGCUGCGCUCAUCGCCGAUGCUGACGACGCUCACACGUCUUCGAAGUCGCGCCGGGAGCAAGGAAAAGAGGGCGGGGCUUCAGGAUGACUUCGCGCUCGAGACGAGCGCGGUAGUAAGACUAUCCUGUUGCUCCUCAACAGAGACGGCAGUGAACUUGCAGCCCAGUCGCCGUCGGAGGCCGU